CACCAACAAACCACCGCAUUCGUGAAACUGAAAACGUUUUUUUUUAUUACAGAGUCAGUUUGGCACUGACUGAGUUUUAAAAACGAAUUCGCUAUAAUUGUUAUUUUCCUUGAUGAGCAGUAGAGGUGGAAUGAAAGAAUGGUUGUUAUUACGUCAUAUUAGAACCGUUGAUUGUGUUUUUCCAAAAACAUCGCUACCUUGUUGACUGCCGGCAUGUAACAGUUGCAUUUGUUGAUAGACUCGCCAAAGUUUGACUUUCUUACGUGCUUUCCAUUCAUUGGUCGAUGAUGUGUCAAAACAUUCUUACGAGAUUCUUGCUAUAUGGAUCAAUUUAGUGUAGUGUUGAAUAGAAUAUUCCACAUAGAGACUCAAACGACUUUAUCGUUUAUUCAAUAUUAGUGAAUUGAGAUAUUAACCAGUGCUUUGAAUUGGCCCACCGAUGUUUGAGGUUACACAAUCGUAACUACCCAGGCUACGAUUGAUUUUCAAUAAGUUUCGGCAUUCAGCAUGAAGCAUUUGUAUUACCUACCGUUCGGGCUGGUUUUAUGGACAGCAGUGGUGUAUAGUGAACCAAAAAGUUUUCCGGUUACGACUCAGCUUUCUGCUAAGUGGGAUAUAACUCCGCCCCAGCUGGAAAUAGCCGAAUUCAUCAAUGAAGAAAACCAAAACUUGUUCUGGGAUUAUAUCGAUUUAAUUAACAAAAUUCCGAGUUGCCUGUAUAGUCUAGAAACCGAAGAAAAACGUUACAAUAGAUCCUUGGAGAUAGCCGAAAUAUUACUUGGUAUUGGACAAACAAAUCUGUUGAAGCUUUCCCUCUCCCUGCACAGCUUUUCCCCGAAAGUAGAAGCGCAUCUCCAAAUUGCCAGGGAAGUACUCGAGCAAGGGGACUGUGAUACACCCGCAUUCGUAAGCACUGGUGGGAAGCUUGCUUGCGAUGAUAGUGAUCUGAAAAGUAUACUAAAGAGCACCCAAGAGGAUUCUAAGAAGGAGAAAACCUACAAUAUUGACCAUGUCUACCCGGGAUCGGAAAAUAAUUCCCUUACGGCUAUUCUUUACGCUGAAAUAGGUUCAACUCAAUUCAAAACCUUGCACGAUAUACUCAAGAAGGAAGUCGAUGAAGGCAAAGUGAAAUACGUUUUCAGACAUUUUGUGAGAAAAACUUUACGGAGGAAAAUGCGAUUAUCCGGUUAUGGAGUAGAGCUGCAUCUGAAGUCCACAGAAUAUAAAAGUCAAGAUGAUUCCCCGAGACAACAAGAACGCGGAACUGUGGAAAAUGAAGAUUCACUAGAAGCGGAGGUUGAAGGUUUUAAUUUUGUCACGCUGAAAGAACGCUAUCCACAUCUCUCACAUUUUCUGAAUCGAUUCCGGAAUGCCUUGUUGGAGAAACACGAAGAAAUAGAUCCUUUGAAAGCGUGGGAAUUUCAGGAGUUGGGACUUCAAGCUGCACAGCGUAUUGCAGCUAUUCAAGGUGAUGAAGCUCUCCAGAUUCUUCAGUUCGUUAGUCAAAAUUUUCCCACCCAAGCAAAAUCUCUGCUAUCUCAAACCGUUUCGGAUGACUUCAGGGAAGAGAUGAGACAUAACAUAGAGGUUCUUGGCCGUAGCUUAAACUUACAACCGCCAGAUUCUGCACUUUUCUUGAAUGGACUGUUCUUCGAUGCAGAAACGAUUGAUACGAUCACGCUGCUUGAUACACUCAGAACCGAAAUGCGCGUCCUAGAGGGCCUCAAUCGAAUAAACAUCCGUGGGAAGACUGCAACGCCACUUCUCGCACUAGAUCUGUCAUCGACAGCUAAAGAAUUUGCGAUCGACAUACGUGAUUCGGCGAUAACUUGGAUUAAUGAUCUGGAAAGUGACGCUCAAUACAAACGAUGGCCUGGCAGUGUAAUGGAUUUGUUACGACCCACAUUUCCUGGCAUGCUGAGGAACAUCCGGAAGAAUUUGUUCAAUCUUAUUCUGGUUAUCGAUCCCAUCUCGAGCGAAAAUGCGGGCCGAGAUAUCGUAAAACUAGCUGAAAGUUUCGUUGUACAUUCUGCUCCGGUUCGUGUGGGUCUUUUGUUUGACACGAGAUCGAAACUGGGCAACGAAAAUGAUCGUCGUGCCAUCGUGUGUGCGUUUAACUACGUUCACCAGAAAAGGGGCUCAAUUGAGGCGUUGGGAUUCCUCACGUAUCUCUUCGCUGCCACGCCCAAACGCUCCUUUAAUUUGGAGGAUGUCCGAAAGCAAUUGAAAAAAUCAUUCUCCAACCUAAAAUCGGAUGAAAUAGAGGAGAUCCUCGGACACGACUCAGACUUCGACUACGGUCGCCAAUUAUCGGAGGAAUUUGUUGAGCGUUUGGGGCUCAAAUCAACACCCCAGGCCUUGUUGAAUGGAGUACUUCUUCCCCAAAGUACGUUGAACUCUGAUGAUUUCGAGGAAACAAUUCUGACGGAAAUCAUGCAACAAACGCCAACCAUUCAAAAAGCCGUUUACAAAGGUGAUUUGAGUGAUGGAGAACCGGUGAUUGAUUUCCUAAUGAAGCAACCGCAUGUGAUGCCACGGUUGAAUCAGCGAAUACUCUCGUCAGAGGAUCCCAUUUUCUUGGACAUUUCUGGAAAUCCACACAAAGAUCUCGAAGAUGUAUCAACGCUGGCGCAACUUUCCAAUUCGGAUUUGACUGCUACCUUGUUGGACAAUCUGAAAUAUCUUGGAGGGAAAUCAACCUUGGAAAAAUUUGUAGGAAAUCGAUUACAUUUUCAUUCCGUGUGGAUUGUGGCUGAUUUAAACCAAUCAAAUGGAUUCAAUCUUCUGAGGAACGCGUUACGUUUUAUGAAAUCAACCAGUGGGUCACGAGUGGCUUUCCUACCAAACGCGGAGGGUACUGAUGCUGCCAGAUCUAACCUGGAGAAGGAUUUGAAUGCGCUCGUUUGGGCUGCAAUAAAUACAUUAGACACCGAGAAAGCCACUGAGUUCGUUAUUGAUUUGCUUGAGCGGAAAGCAAGUGGAGAUUCAUUCGAAGUACCCGAUUCCGUUCUAGGUUUUCUGCCGGCAGCUCGAAUGCAUCUGAAAAUGAUUCGAGUAUACUGCCAACGUGUAUUGAAAAUGAAAGCCUCGAUAAGUGGACUGGUGGCAAACAGUCGUAUUAUCGGUCCACUAGAAACUGAUGAGUACUUUGAUUCCGAUGAUUUCGGAUUGCUGGAAAAGUUCAUGAAUCUCCAGUAUACAGACAAAAUUAGGCAUGCGCUGAAGGAAGCCACAGACGAUGGAGAUGCGAUAGAAAUAUCAGGCGAUACAAUACUUAAACUGAUAUCCAUUCUCGUCCCACGACAGCAAUCAAAGUCACGUUUCACAAUACCGACGGAUCUUCAGGAAAACCACACUGUUGUGAAACUUCCCCCGAAAUUGAGCAACCAGCCGUUCUUUGAGGUUGUGGCAGUGCUCGACCCAGCUUCGCGCGGAGCACAGAAAUUGUCGUCGCUGCUCAUUCUGCUGCGUAAUGUCAUCAAUUGCAACAUGAAGUUGAUACUGUGUGCGGUAGAUAAACAUAGCGACAUGCCCGUUAAAACAUUCUAUCGAUUCGUUGUUGAACCCGAGUUGCAAUUCACAUCUGAUGGAAAAUACGCGCCUGGACCAUAUGCGAAAUUCAUAGGACUUCCGGCCAAUUCACUAUUGACACAAAGCCUCAAUGUGCCCGAGAAUUGGUUGGUCGAAGUAGUUAGAUCGGUUUACGAUCUUGACAACAUAAAGCUUUCGGAAAUAAAUGGUCCCGUUCACAGUGAAUAUGAACUCGAAUAUCUUCUACUCGAAGGGCACUGUUUUGACACCUCUACCGGUUCCCCUCCGAGAGGUUUGCAAAUUACACUGGGAACCGAAGAACAACCCAUCAUUGUUGAUACAAUUGUGAUGGCUAAUUUGGGAUACUUCCAACUGAAGGCUAAUCCAGGAGCGUGGAUACUCAAAUUACGACACGGUAAAAGUGCAGAUAUUUACGACAUCACAAGCGCUGAUGGGCCAAAUACGAUUCAUUCGGUGGAUGGAACAAGAGUUAUCAUUAGUUCUCUGAAAUCUCACGUUUUGAAACUGAGAGUGACUAAAAAACCCGGACAGGCAAAUGCCGACUUAUUAAGCGAUGAUAAAGAUGCUAACAGUGGUAUUUGGAAUUCAAUCAGUUCGAUUGUUGGAUCUAGUGAUGGCCAAAAUCAGGAAGUGCUGAAUAUUUUCUCUGUUGCCUCAGGUCACUUGUAUGAGCGGCUCCUGAGAAUUAUGAUGCUGUCUCUCUUGAAACACACACAUACGCCGGUGAAAUUUUGGUUUCUGAAAAAUUAUCUGUCUCCGCAGUUCAUAGACUUUCUGCCCCACAUGGCCAAAGAGUACAACUUCCAGUAUGAAUUGGUACAAUAUAAAUGGCCGCGUUGGUUACACCAACAGACGGAAAAGCAAAGAAUAAUUUGGGGAUACAAGAUUCUUUUCCUAGAUGUGCUGUUCCCGUUGGAUGUCAAAAAAAUUAUUUUCGUUGAUGCGGACCAGAUAGUGCGAGCUGACAUGAAGGAACUUUAUGAUUUUGACCUCGGAGGAGCACCCUACGGUUACACACCAUUUUGUGAUUCACGUCAGGAGAUGGAAGGUUUCCGCUUUUGGAAACAAGGAUAUUGGAAAAACCAUUUGCAAGGACGAAAAUAUCACAUAUCAGCUCUUUACGUUGUCGACUUGAAACGCUUCCGCAGGAUUGCCGCCGGGGAUAGAAUUCGCGGUCAAUACCAAGCGUUGAGUCAAGAUCCUAACAGCUUAUCGAAUCUUGAUCAGGAUUUGCCAAAUAAUAUGAUACACCAAGUAGCCAUCAAAUCGUUGCCCCAGGAGUGGCUGUGGUGUGAGACGUGGUGCAGUAGCGAGUUAUUGCAUCACGCCAAAACGAUCGAUCUCUGUAAUAAUCCUCUAACUAAGGAAGCUAAGCUGACUGCGGCGCAACGUAUUGUGCCGGAAUGGAAGGAUUAUGAUCUAGAAAUCAAACGGUUACAAGCUCAUGUCGAUGAUAGUGAGCACCAAAAUAGUCAACUUUUACAUUCCCAAGAUAUGGCUAAUGAGAAUCUUCAACACACGGAACUAUAAUACAAAUUCGGUGCCAGUUCUUACACUAUUUAUAAUUUAAACAGCCGACCAAGAUGCAAAAGUUUCUGUCGUUUUACCCAAGAAAAGUUACGCCAAUGAUGAUUAAUUCAAUUCACGCUGUGAUGUUAUGUUAGUAUAACAAAAUCUCUUUCUGGCUAUCUUCGACUAUGAAAACCCAAUAAACAGUAUGAAAAAUUUUGUAACUUAAAA